AUGGACGCCCUGCCGAGGAGGAGGAUGCAGGACGAUAUGGUCCAGUACAAACUUUUCUUGAUCAAGGCUGACGGUUCAACUUCUCAGCAGACUGAAGAACGUCUUAAACAUCUGACAGAUGAGAUUUUAGCAAAAGUUGCUCCACUUUUGGUACAGUACAUCUGGCAGCAUCAGUCAUUCAACCUCAGAUAUCAUCCUGAGAAAGGCGAUGUUCCUGCUCACAUUGGGGGCAGCACUCAGUUUGGAGACAACAUUGAGGACGAAUGGUUUAUUGUUUACCUCCUGCAGCAAAUUACAGAGGCUUUCACAGAGCUCGCAGCCAGUGUUGAGGACAAUGAUGGGGAGUUUCUUCUUAUUGAAGCAGCAGAUUAUCUUCCCAAAUGGCUGAACCCAGACACAAGUGAAAACAGAGUUUUUCUUUAUAGGGGAGAGUUGCACAUCCUUCCUUGCCCUUCUAAAUCCAGUUUAGUGGGCUUCCCACGUGAUGUGGUGCCCAGUGUGACACAAGCUCUGAUGCUGCUCUCUGCUGACUCAGAAGUCUGUCAGGCCAGCCCCAAGAUACGUUCAGCUCUGAAGAAGAGGCUAAAAGGGUUCCCAGAGAAGAUUCAGGGUAACCUCCACCGUGCCCACUGCUUCAUACCUGCAGGUAUUGCCACUGUGCUGGCGCUGCGUCCAGACUUGGUCGCCCCUGCAGUUUCAGCUUUUUAUCUGCGAGAUCCUGUGGACCUCCAGGCCUGUCGAAGCUUCAGGACCUUUCCUCCCAAUACAAGAGUCCUCACUUUGGUGACGUUCACCCGCUGCCUGUACGCCCAGCUGCAGCAGCAACAUUUUAUCCCAGACCGGAGGAGCGGCUUCAGCCUGCCUCCAUGCUCUCAUCCCCAGUAUAAGGCUCAUGAGCUUGGCAUGAAACUGGCCCAUGGCUUUGAGAUCUUGUGCUCUAAGUGCAGGCUGCCAUCUUCAGAGCCUGACGCUCCUGUGAGCUGCAACCCUCAGUGGAAGGCCUUUUUGGAAAGUCUAAAAAGGAACGGUUACUUCCGGGGGGAGCUGGAAGGUUCCGCUCUUCACAAAGAGCUUGUAAGAGCUGCAGAAGUUUUCUUCAACCAGUCCGUCGCUUCAGAGUUGAGUUGUCCGUCGCCAGGUGAGGAGGUUCUGCAACUGCUUCAGAGCAACCCCUUCAACUUAGAGGAGUUGAAGAAACUCGAGUCACAGCUCCCCCAAGAGGACAGUGACAGCUGGCUGGAUAUCACAGCUCAGGAUUUUGAGCGGUUAUUGCAGGACAGAGGCAGCAGUAGAGCUGACAUCAGCAGCAAAACCUCAAAUUCCAUGAAACAGAAGCAUCACGUCGAGGAAGAAGCAGAGAGGAGAAAGAAAACGGAGGAUAACGAGGAGGAAGAGGAGGCGGGUUACAGCCUGGUAGCAGUCAGUCAGGGGAUGAAGGACUUCCUCAGUGCCAUGUCGUCACAUGAGGGGGCCGAGCUGCCCUGGAGCAGCGCAGCUCAGCCUUUUAGCUUUGACCCCGACUCUAUGGCUACCGCUCUGGAUAAACUGCUUGGAAGCAAAGAAGAGCUCGAUUCGGAUGAUCUGGACGAUGAUGACUUUGAAGACGAAGCUGAGGAGGAUGAAGAGAAAGAAGAGGACUCCUCUGAUCAGAUUUGUGGAGCAGAAACUCUGGACAGCCUCAAGAGAUACAUGGACCAAAUGGACCAGGAGCUGCUGAGCACCAACGUAGGACAAAGCUUCACUCAGACGAACUACAAGCCUGCCAUGGACGUUGGCUCCUCUCAUUCAUCAGCAACAGAUGACGUCUCCAAGGAGGAUGGAGGAGUGGAAAAUGCAGAAGAAGAAAUCCAGCCUUUAGAUAUUGAUGUUAAUUUAGUCACAAAUCUCUUGGAGUCGCUCAGCAGCCAGGCCGGCCUGGCCGGACCCGCUUCUAACCUGCUGCAGAGCCUGGGCUUACAUCUGCCACCCAACUCAGAUCCUUCGUAGACGGUGAAAAAUAAGAGGACUUCAAUUAUAAAUGAAGAAAUG